GCCCGCCGGCACCAUGAUGGAGGAGAUCGACCGGUUCCAGGUGCCCACCGCGCACUCGGAGGUGCAGCCGCUGGACCCAGCUGCUGCCUCCAUCUCGGACGGGGACUGUGACGCCCGGGAGGGUGAGUCAGUAGCCAUGAAUUACAAACCAUCCCCGCUCCAAAUGAAGCUGGAGAAGCAGCGGGAACUAGCCCGGAAGGGCUCCCUGAAGAAUGGCAGCAUGGGAAGCCCUGUCAACCAGCAACCCAAGAAGAACAACGUCAUGGCCCGGACAAGGCUGGUCGUCCCCAAUAAAGGCUACUCCUCACUGGAUCAGAGCCCGGAUGAGAAGCCACUGGUUGCCCUGGAUACAGACAGCGAUGACGACUUUGACAUGUCCAGAUACUCCUCCUCUGGCUACUCCUCCGCGGAGCAGAUCAACCAAGAUUUGAACAUCCAGCUGCUGAAGGAUGGCUACCGGUUAGAUGAGAUCCCCGACGACGAGGACCUGGACCUCAUCCCCCCCAAGUCCGUGAACCCCACUUGCAUGUGCUGCCAGGCCACGUCCUCCACCGCCUGCCACAUUCAGUAGCAGGAGUGGGCCCUGCGGCCGAGCGGGGCAGGGCCCGUGGGCUGGGUUGGAGAGGGCAAGGGGCAGAGCCCUCCGCGACGCUCAUCCGCCUGCCCCCUGGCCCCCAUAUCCCCAACAGCCGCCAACCUCGUUCCAGUCAUUGCUUCCUCCUAUGGUAGGACAUGUACCUCUGUGUGUCCAUGGAGCCGGAGAAACCCAAACCGGGUCUCUCUCCACCGGGGGCUGUUGGUUCAGUUCACUUGUGGGGAGGGGAGACCUUGUCCAGGGCUUCUCCUCCCCAAAGCUGUGGUCCACUGGCUGGGGGGCGGGGGCGGGGAGCAUGUAUAAAAAGCGGGGGUGGGGGGAAUCACAAAGCCAGGGGUUUGGCUCCACCCCAGCAAAGCCAUGAACUCUCACAGUCAAAACCUGAUAAGAAAAAUAGGGCUAGGAGGGAUAUAGACGA